AAUAUAUAAUAUUGGUCGUACGUGAACGAUGAAAAUCUCUGUGCUGGGUGCUACCGGUCCAUCGGGGGUACAGACAGUGUUAGAGGCUUUGGAGAGAGGAUACAGUGUUGUGGCUCUGGUGAGGAACCCAGACAAACUGGCUGUGAAGGACGAUAAACUACAGGUAUGUAAGGUGGAUAUAUUUAAGGAGGAUGAAUUGGCUCCCCACAUUAAGGGCUCGGAUGCUGUCGUGUCUUGUCUGGGAGGCUCUGCCUCUUUGUUUGGGUGGACAAAAUGUACUCUCUACACGGACUCGGUCAAGAGUAUAGUCGGGGCAAUGAGACAGUCCGGAGUCAAGCGUCUGAUAGCAAUGUCUGCCUGGGGUAGCGCAGUGACAGAGGGCGAACCGUUUAUCAUAAAAUGGAUCCUUCGACCCCUGUUUAUCGGAAACUUACUGACGAAUCUUGGAGAAAUGGAGGAUUACCUGAACAAAGAAUGUCAAGAUAUCAACUUCACCUCUGUUAGACCACCUGGGCUCACAAACCAACCCAGUACAGGGCAAACCGUUCGAGCCGAAAACGGGCGCCAGUUUCUGGAAAACAGUGAAACACAGAUAUCACGGCGAGAUGUGGCCAAGUACCUCCUAGAUAUUGUCAACGACACUUCAGUAUACAAAGCUUGUGUCGCUAUUGGCUAUGACAAGAAAAAGUGACCAUAGCAUUUUUCAUUCACUGGCCAUUGUAUAGAGGUUAUUGCCUUAAUCCCCUGUGCCUUAUACAUGUCAUUCGUAUACAAAAACUUGAGUGCAUCUAUUAUUGGAUAAGAUAUGCUUACAUCCGACCUAAUUAUAUGAAUAAUGCUUCUGGUUUAUGUCCAAGGUUACAUAAAGGUCAUACAUGUAGCUUAAUAUGAUGACACAUUUAUAGUAAACAAAUACAAAAAAUUGUUUUGAGGAUAAAAAUUGUGUAAGAUUAAAUAUUCCCCUCCCAAAUAGACACCUUUCUCGAAUUAAAUUGGGAAAGGGUGUUUUUUUUUUUUAAAUAGAGGACUAUAAAAGGAAAAAUAAACCUUGAUGGUUUAAAUUUGCACCACGAUCUUUGUUCAAGAGGUUUUAAGAGUGUUUGUCAACCUAUUGAACUCUUUUAUACAUGUAUACAUAUUGUAAUUCAUUUCUAAGGCUUUCAUAAAUUAUGCAAUUUGUUAUUGUUAACUUUUUAUUUGAAGAUUGAAUUUUUUAUGAAUAAAAUACAUGUAUAUUUAAUUAAUAUA